AUGGAUAUGUGGCUUUGCAUGAAGCGGGCCAUCAACGCGGCUGAGAAGGCGAAGAAGGCCUAUGACAACGGCAGGGCCAGGGUUGCCGAGGCUGGCAAGGCUAUCCAGGACCAUGCGAACCUGGCUAAGGAUUUGCAAGCUGCCGAACGGCAGGUCAGGGUAUAUGAGUCCAAGUUCGCAGAUCUGUCGUCUGCCCUGGAAUCGGCACAGCUGUCGGCCAAAGAGGCUCUGGAGGCAAAGGAGGCCGUUGAGGUGGCUCUGGAGGAAUCGGAACGGGCCAAAGCGGCGGAGAUUGAGGCUGCCGUCCAGGAGGCCAUUCGGAAGUAUCGCCACUCUACCGAUUUCUCUACCUUGCUCGACAAGGAGGUGGGCUCGGAGAUGGUAGAUCUUAUCUACUGA